AUGAAAUUUACAACUUCUUCUGGAAGCUCUUUCAUUAUUCUUCUUCUCCUGCUCUCGUUCACAUGUCUCACAAAAGCUCAAGAAGUUGAUGAUGAGAGGGAAUUUAGUUAUGACGAAAAUAACCCUAAUGGUCCGGCACACUGGGGACAUAUCCGUCCGGAAUGGAGUGAGUGUAAUUCAGGCCAAAUGCAGUCUCCCAUUGAUCUAUUGAGUGAGAGGGUUGAAAUAGUUUCGAAUUUGGGCAGACUAAAGAGAGGUUACAAUCCCUCUAAUGCUACUCUAAUCAAUAGGGGCCAUGACAUGAUGAUUUGA